AUGGCCAUGACGGACACAAGGGCCAUGAGGGCCAUGACGGACACAAGGGCCAUGACGGACACAAGGGCCAUGAGGGCCAUGGGGGCCAUGAGGGCCAUGGCCACGGUCAUGGCCACGAAGAUUCCGGGCAUGCGGCGCAUGAUGCUGCACAUGGUCAUGGAAGUCAUGAGUGAUUUUGUUCCAGGUGUACAGGCUCCGAAGAGAAUCUUGGUACAUCCACGAGAUGAACGCCUUUGUUUCGAUUCUGCAGCUGUGCUGGCUCUUUGUCGAGCUUGGGUCUGCUGUUUCUUUACGCCCAGGUUGCUGCAGAUGGCUCGAUCGCCACUCUGCUUGGCGAUCCUCUUGGCAGGAUGGCAGCUUCAAGGUGUCAUCUCCUGCGACUGCUCUUGGACCAACAACGGCGAGAAUUGCGGUAACAGGGACGACAGCGUGUGCUGGCCAGCAUGCUGCCCGAACUCCUGCAACGCCGGCGGGUGGGCCGUAGCCUACUCUGCCCAGCGCUGCCACCUGUCAAACGGGGUGCGCAGGAUUUCAUGCGAUGGCCCGUCCAUGCACCAGUGUGGCACUCGCUUGAGUGCGCCGCACAACUUCGUCGGCAGAGGCUACCAUUCCGUCCGGAUCAAGGCAGCACCUGGACCUGGCGUCGUGACCACCUUCUAUUUGUCCAACAACGGCGGCCUGUACGAUAAGACGAAGACACAUCCGUGGGUUGAGCUUGACUUUGAAAUCAUGGGCAACAUGGCAGGUCCUGGUGGCCAGUCUCGCAUUUGGACCAACAUGUUUACCGGCAUCGCCGUCGAGCAUAAUCAGUGGAUUAUCGUGCCCUUCGACGUGACGCAGGACUACCACGAGUAUGGGUUUGACCUGGGGGACAACUCCAUCUCUUUCAAGGUAGAUGGUGUUGCGUACCGCACCACUGACAUCCAGAAUUAUGAUGAUGUGCGAGCAUCUAUUUGGUCAACGAACUUUCAGGAGUUUGUUUCAGUGUGGGGACAAUCCUCGCAAGAUCCCGGAGAGGGCGUUCCAGAUUUCCAAAAUGCCAUGGGCCUGUUGGAUGCGAACCCCUACGGCUUCCCGCGAUAUGCUGAGGCAUUUGCGCGACCGAAGCUCGUCCCGAAUGCAGCUCCGUCUGAGAGGUCGAAGCAGCUAUUCCAGGGCUGGGCAGCGCAAGAGUGGCGCGACUGGGUCGCUGGGCCUGAUGGUUCCAGGUGGUGUGAGAAUAAGAGGUACGAAGCUGAUCGAAUCGUUGAUUGGAUGGUCUGCAACUGGGGAUUGCAGAACAUGUGCAGAGGAAGUGGUGUCUUAGAUGUGGGCGGCGAGCCCGGCUUCCUGGCUUCAGCACUACUCGCACGUGGCGUGGGCGUCACCGUUGUGGAUCCAACAUGGAGGAUCACCGGGAAGGCCCACGCCUCCAAUGACUGCACCUGGCUUAGGAAGAGGUAUCCACACCUGCGCUUUGCAGCCUUCAGCCGGGAGUUUGACGAAAGGUUUAUUGCCGAUUAUCCACGGCUUGUCAAGGAUGCCAGCGUCGUCGUGUCUCUCUACGGCGAUGAGGCCACAAGCCCUGCAUUGCGAUUUGCCGCCAAGGUUGGCAAGCCGUGCGUUAUCGUUCCCUGCAACGAGUGUGUACAGUUUUAUCCCGACUACAACAAAACAUACGAGGGCUUCUGCGAGGCAUUGCUCCAUGACGCAUACUGGUACGGCGGGCACUUCGAGCUCGUGCUUUUGGACGGUCCCCCGGGCCGGUUUUCCGAUUUGGAUCUUGUCCUGGCAAAGUCUAGAAGCUCCUUGCGCUGGCUGAUGCGGGCCGCUCGACGUUGGCGGCACACAGCGUUCGAUGUUUUAUUGCCGGCGCCUUCGGCGGCAGCUGCACGCAGUCAGUCGAGCAGCGGUGGCAACGAGAUCUUCCGAUGCCAAGGACUAGCCGAGGACACCUUGCACAUGCGACGCAGCGUGCAGACAGCGAUGGCGUUAGAUCUGAUUGCCGCGCCAGCUGCCAAAGUUGUGGGCAAUCACAUCGACUUCGGGAAUUUUCUGACGGUUUCAGAGCAACUGAUGUCAAACAGCAACUUCGUGCUUGUUCUCCAUGCAGGCGCCAUCUGGUGGUAUCAUUGCUUUCUCCGUGACCACUUGAUGGCUCGGCACGUGACGCGAAUAGCGUUGGAGAGGCCCUGGCCAGAUGUGUCCCAAGCCCUAGAAGAGGGCUCCUCAGUCGUGGUGAUUGUGGAGACAGGACCUUGGAGGAGGCGUUUACAAGUCGGUCGCAGAAAGGACCGCCGCGGAGCCGUUUCCUUGCGGCAGCUGUUGUCGACCGGUGCCCUCCACCUGGACUGCGCUCAGGGCGAGGUGCUGAAUGAGGACGCAUUGAAGCUGCUUCGAGGGACGGAUCUGUUCCCGACGGCCGAGGACCUUUCAGAAGAUCGCAUGGCCAAACGAGCAGCCUGCAUCGCAGACCAUGAGCCGAUGGGACUGAAAGCCGAAGAUGACACAGGGACCUUGAAAUGGAUGGAAGCGCUUCCAGCUACGAUUCAACGUCCGCUGCAAUGGCAUGGACGAGUCUUCUGUCGCUAUUGGGGCGGCCUCUCACUUGCCAUGGGCUUAACCUCGGUGUUGGUGUGGAUGCCAAGGGACAGCUUACGUGUUUGGGCAAAGUCCCCAUAG